AUGGCGACCACGCGCAAGGUGUUCUCCCUUGAGGGAAAGGGUCUUAAGCUCGACACUGCUGCUGACCUCGAGCCCCAUAUUGCCGAGUUGCGCUCUACCGAUGUGGAGGAAGUCAAGUUCCUUGGAAACACUUUGGGAGUCGGCGCUUGCAAGCUUCUCGGAGAGGUUUUGGCCACCAAGAAGAACCUCCAAUCCGCUGACCUUUCCGACAUCUUCACUGGACGUCUCCUGAGCGAGAUUCCCGAGGCGCUCUCCUCCCUCCUGACGUCCAUCCUGAACCUUCCCAAGCUCAACACGAUUAACCUUAACGACAACGCCUUCGGCAUCAACACCCAGGCUCCCGUCGUUGCCUUCCUGGCUGCCCACGUGCCCCUCCAGCACCUUUACCUGAACAAUAAUGGUCUCGGUCCCCAUGCUGGUAUCCUGGUCGCGGAUGCGCUCUCUGAGUUGCACGCCAAGAAAGAGGCGGCUAGGAAGGAGGGCAAGGAGGUCCCAGACCUUGAGACUGUUAUCUGCGGUCGCAACCGUCUGGAGAACGGCAGUAUGCAGGCCUGGGCCAAGGCCUUCAGCCUCCACAACAAGAUCAAGGAGAUUAAGAUGGUCCAAAACGGCAUCCGUCAGGAGGGGAUCAGCCAUCUUAUCAGCGAGGGUCUGAACCACGCGACCGAGCUGCGCAUCCUCGAUCUCCAGGAUAACACCUUCACCCUUUCCGGCGCCAAGGCCGUCGCCAGCGUUCUCCCCAACUGGGCGCAUCUGCAAGAGCUGGGCCUCAACGACGCCUACCUGACUGCCAAGGGUACCGCUCUCGUUGCCAAGGCUCUUGCGAAGGGCAACCAGGACAAGCUCGAGAUUCUCCGUCUGCAGUUCAACGACAUUACCGCCAAGGCUCUCACGGGCAUUGCCAGCGCCGCUACCGACUCUCUGCCUGCUCUGAAAAAGGUUGAGCUGAACGGUAACAAGUUCGAAGAGGAAGAUCCCUCCGUCGUCGCUAUCCGUGAGCUUCUCGAGGAGCGCAAGGAGAAGCUCGGUGGUGACAUUAUCGACGAGGACGCAUGGGGUCUUGACAGCCUCAGCGACCUGGAAGAGGAGGAUUCCGACGAGGAAGAGGAAGAAGAGUCGGAUGAGGAGGAGGAGCUCGAGCCCGAGAAGAGGGCCGAGAUCCUCGUCAAGGAGGCCGAGGAGGCGCAGGAGCAGCCUACCGUCCAGCUCAAGGAUAAGGAGGUGGACGAUCUGGCCAAGAAGUUGGAGAAGACGGGAAUUUAG